AAUUUGCCGAACAUACCCAGCGCUGACAAAACAAAAUCAUGCUCCGAAGACAAGCUCGAGAACGUCGUGAAUAUGUGUACGCCAAAUCCCGCGAGGCGCAGGAACGACAGACGUUCGAGAGGAAACGUCAGCUGCGCGAUGCACUUGCGAGCGGGAAGACUUUGCCUACGGAGUUGAGGAAGGAAGCGAAGGGUAUGGCGAAGGAUUUGGUGUUUGAUGAUGCGCAAGCUGACCCAACGACCCACAUCGAUAGUGAAUACGCUCGUGCGGGGAUACUCGACCCGAAGAUUGUAAUCACGACUUCACGCGAUCCAAGUUCGAAACUCCUGCAGUUUGCCAAGGAGAUUCGUCUUGUCUUCCCGAAUUCGCAUCGUAUCAACCGAGGGAAUUAUGUCGUUCGUGAGCUUGCGGAGGCGUGUCGAGCGAAUGAGGUGACGGACCUUAUAGUCUUGCACGAGCAUCGUGGUGUACCCGACGCAAUGAUUGUAUCUCACUUCCCUCACGGCCCAACGCUCUACCUCUCCCUACACAACGUCCAACUACGACACGACAUUGCAUCCUACAGCUCUUCAACCGUUUCCGAACAGUACCCGCACCUCAUCUUCGAGAACUUCAGCUUACAACUCGGCGAACGCGUGCGCGAUAUCCUAAAGUAUCUCUUUCCCGUACCGAAGGAGGAUAGCAAGCGUGUUAUGACCUUCGCGAAUCAGAAUGACUUUAUCUCGUUCCGACACCACGUUUUCGUAAAGACGUCACACAAAGAAGUCCAAUUAGCAGAAGUGGGCCCCCGCUUCGAGAUGAAGCCGUAUGAAAUUCGACAAGGGACGAUUGAACAGGACGAGGCUGAUCGAGAAUGGGUGCUUGCGCAUUAUACACGCACGGCGAAGAAACGGCGGAUGAUGUGAAGGCAUAUCGAGAAGAAUGAAAUGAAAUUGUGACGUUUUAUGUCUUGGGUGGGGUUCUUUACAUUCAAUGCUCGUCGAGUCCGAGGUCGACGACUUGCAGAAGACCGUGGACGCGUUCACCGAUCCCUGCGGCAAUCACUCUGUCACUCCCACCAGCAUUUGUAUUCAACCAAUUUGCACCAAUAUUGGACACGGCUAGUACGAUAAUCGACAUCUCGAGACGAAACCAAUUCGUUGCGGGCAAAGUCAAAAAGCAUUUCACACAUGAUCACCCACGCUAAUCCAAACUAAACCAUUCG